UUUGUGCGCGUCACCGCCUCCGGUCCCCUCACUUACUGCCGACUGCAGACGAGCGCACACAGGCCGCCGUGAACUCUCCCGAGGCCGGAUGGUAAAAUCCAACCUCCAGCGGAUCCUAAACAGUCAUUGCUUUGCCCGUGAGAAAGAAGGAAAGAAACAGUGUGAAAGCAGCAGCAUCAUGGAGGCGCUCAGUAACAGUAUUAAUGACAUGAUGGGAAGUCUGUCCGUGUGCUGUAGUAGUACCACUGGUCCGGGGCCUCUGUGGUGUUCCGAUGCCCCUCACCCACCUCUGAAGAUCCCAGGUGGGCGAGGGAACGGAGCACGGGAUCACUCAUCCACAGCUCAGCAGCUGUACUCGGACAGGAAGUUGACUGUGACAGAAGAGCCUGCUGGGGCCGGUCGCCCCAGGAUACUGUACUUCCAGAGCCGCCCCACCGUUUCCCGGGUGAUCCAGUGGGAGGCGGUGCUUCGAGGGGAGGGCCUGUUCGUGGAGAUUCCUUGUGACCCCUUCCCAGAGGGCAGCAAGGAGAGCUUCGUGUCUCUGCUGGAGUUUGCUGAAGAACAUCUGAAAGUGCUCAGCGUGUUUGUCUGCUUUUAUAAGAACAGGGACGAUCGUGUGAAACUGGUGCGUACGUUCAGCUUUCUGGGCUUUGAGAUGGUGAAACCGGGCCACGCUCUGGUCCCCGCUCGACCUGACGUCCUCUUCAUGGCCUACAACUUCGACAGGGAUUCCUCGGAUGAAGAUUAGUUUCCUCCUGCUCUCUCGGCAUCUUCAUCUCCUGCUUCUCGCCGGACGCUUCCGUCUGCAGCCUGUGAACCUCCCUGCGUUUCCAGACUCCAGACGGAGCGAGUGACAUCCGGACGCUCACAGCUUGGCUCUUGUUAUGAUGUCGUGUUUGACCUCCGCCCUCCUCGGUUUAAGUUCUGUUAUGGUUUGAAUCUGAUGAUUAUUAAUGCUUGUGCUUUUGUUUAUGAAAUGUUUCAUUUAUACGUUGGGGUACGUAAUUGAUAUUAUUCGUUCUCUUUAAUAUGCUUAUUCCAAGUUUUGGUCAGUUUUUGUUUGUUUUUUACCUCAGAAUGUCGUUUGUAGUUGUUGGACCGCGUGAGUCGGUGAGCGUCGGUCUCUUUGAAUGUGACGUUAAUGAACAGCUCGACCGGUACAAACCCUGAUGGAAACAGAAUCGACACAUCCAAAGCUCUUUACCUCUCGCUGUCAUUUCUUGGUUUUGUGUAUCAGAAGCGUAUUUAGGCUUUUGUCGUGUGUUGGCCGUGCUGUUACUCGCAUUCCCUCUCAUAGUUUAUUUUUCUCACGUCGUUUGGAAACUUUCACCUCUGUAGUGGUACAUAUACUGCUUCUGUGAUAAUAAAACCUUUUAUUUAAAGACA